AUGGAUCUAUUUAAAAGAAAAGUAAAAGAAUGGGUAUACUCUCUCAGUACUGACGACCAUUAUGCUGAGUAUAACCCCGAUGAAACGCCUACCUUUAAUAUGGGUAAACGUUUAAACAGUAACAACGGACAGGUUAAUCCCUCUCAAAUGCAUCUGAAUAGUGUGGACGAGGAAAUGAGCAUGGGAUUUCAAACCGGCGCACCAUCUAAUGAAGACAUAAACAUUGACGAAUUUACCUCCAUGGAUUCAAAUGAUGGUGUCUCUGAAACACUCCUAGCUUGGAGACACAUCGAUUUUUGGACAACUGAACAUAAUCCAGAUCUAAACGCAACUUUGAGUGACCCUUGCACCCAAAACGAUAUCACUCAUGCAGAGGAAGACUUGGAAGUUAGCUUUCCUAACCCAGUAAAGGCCUCUUUUAAAAUUCACGAUGGGCAAGAGGAUUUAGAAUCGAUGACCGGUACUUCGGGCUUGUUCUAUGGUUUCCAACUUAUGACAUUAGAUCAGGUUGUGGCCAUGACCCAGGCCUGGAGAAACGUUGCAAAGAACCUUAACAAAAGAACUCAACAAGGUUUAUCGCAUGUCAGAUCCACUGGCUCUUCUUCAUCUAUGGAAAGAUUAAAUGGUAACAAGUUCAAGUUGCCAAAUAUCCCAGAUCAAAAAUCUAUUCCUCCAAGUGCUGUACAGCCGGUAUAUGCACAUUCUGCUUGGAUUCCCUUAGUGACGGAUAAUGCCGGUAACCAUAUUGGUGUAGACUUGGCACCUGGUCCAAAUGGUAAGUAUGCUCAAAUUAUAACAUUCGGUAGAGACUUCGAUACGAAAUUCGUUGUUGCUGACAACUGGGGUGAAUUCCUAUUAUCGUUUGCCAAUGACUUGGAAGCUGGUAAUUGGUACUUGGUAGAUGACAAUGACGACUACUUUAGCGGUGAUGGUGAAUUGGUCUUCAGAGACAAAAAAUCUAAUGGUCCUAUACAGGAUUAUUUCGAAGUUUUAAAAAGAAGAACGUGGAUUAAGUAUCAAGAAAGCUUGAAAUCGCAACAGCAAAAAUCUCAACCUGAAUCAUCUCUGCAAGAGCAGAAAUAUGUACCUGCCUCCCAAAAAAAAGCAGUAGUAACUCCAACAAACGAGGAGCCCUCUAUCCUCAACCCAGAAUCCAUAAAGGGGGACGAUAGUGGUAGUGUUGACGCAGAAUCUGUUCAAGAUCACGAAUCUGUGAAGGUUGUCGGAAAUGAAUCUAGCGAAGCGGAGGCUAAAGCUAUAAAUACAGAGAGCUUUGAACAACCAGAGCACGAAAUCAGAACUGAUAACGAGGACAUUGAACCAGAGAACGAGAACAAAGAAGAAGAAAAGAAACCGAAGGUAGAAGAAAGAGAACAUGUCGAAAGUGAACAUGCUACGGAUUCAACGAAAAAAAACGAUGACAUAAAUAACCAAACAGAAGAAGUAAACGAAAAAAGGGAAAAUAAAACAAGUAGUGCUGAUGCUAAGGUGGAUGAAGCGAGAGAAGAAUUUGAAAAUAUAGCUUUAUGA